CCAUGCGAAAACGGAGGCGUCCAACUGCAAAACCCACCGGAAAAGUUUGACCUGAAAGCCCCCACGCCUCCACCUCCACGAGACGGCGACAAGUCCCCACCCCUUUCCCAAGCAAGCACCAGCGAAAACUCCGAUCCGCGCACAAGCCGACAAGCAAAUCCCCAUCCAAACCCCAAAUCAAAUGCUCACAUCCUCCGCUUCCUCACAUCCUCAUCGCCCCGCCUCCCCGCGCGCCAGCCGGCCCCGCCUCCGCCCCGUCCUCGCGAUGGCGGGCUCCGACGACCCCCGCGCCGCGCCCGCGAGGUCGGUCGCCGUCGUCGGCGCCGGGGUCAGCGGGCUCGCGGCGGCGUACAGGCUGAGGAAGAGCGGCGUGAACGUGACUGUGUUCGAAGCGGCUGACAGGGCGGGUGGGAAGAUACGGACCAAUUCCGAGGGCGGCUUCCUCUGGGAUGAAGGGGCUAACACUAUGACAGAAGGUGAAUUGGAGGCCAGCAAGUUGAUUGAUGAUCUGGGUCUACAUGACAGACAGCAGUAUCCUAACUCCCAACAUAAGCGUUACAUUGUCAAAGAUGGAGCACCAGCACUGAUUCCUUCGGAUCCCAUUUCGUUAAUGAAAAGCAGUGUUCUUUCGACGAAAUCAAAGCUUGCUUUGUUUCUGGAGCCAUUUCUGUACAAGAAAAGUAACACAAGCAACUCUGGAAAAGUGUCUGAUGAGCAUUUAAGUGAGAGUGUCAGGAGCUUCUUUGAACGCCACUUUGGAAGAGAAGUUGUUGACUAUCUUAUUGAUCCAUUUGUAGCUGGAACCAGUGCGGGAGAUCCGGAGUCAUUAUCUAUACGCCAUGCAUUUCCAGCAUUGUGGAAUUUGGAAAGAAAAUAUGGUUCUAUCAUUAUUGGUGCCAUCUUGUCUAAGCUAACAGCUAAAGGUGGCCCAGUAAAGACAGGAAGUGAUUCAUCAGGGAAAAGAAGGAAUAGACGUGCAUCAUUUUCAUUUCAUGUUGGAAUGCAGUCACUAAUAAAUGCACUUCACAAUGAAGUUGGAGAUGGUAAUGUGAAGCUUGGUACAGAAGUAUUGUCAUUAGCAUGUACCUUUGAUGGGCUCCCUGCGACUGGUGGGUGGUCGAUUUCUGUUGAUUCGAAGGAUGGUGGUAGCAAGGAUCUUGCUAAAAACCAAACCUUCGAUGCUGUUAUUAUGACAGCUCCAUUGUCUAAUGUCCAGAGGAUGAAGUUCAGAAAAGGUGGAGCUCCCUUUGUGCUAGACUUUCUUCCUAAGGUGGAUUAUCUCCCGCUAUCUCUCAUGGUGACAGCUUUUAAGAAGGAAGAUGUCAAAAAACCUCUGGAAGGAUUUGGAGUCUUGAUACCCUACAAGGAACAGCAAAAAUAUGGUCUGAAAACUUUUGGGACUCUGUUCUCCUCAAUGAUGUUCCCAGAUCGAGCUCCUGAUGACCAAUACUUGUAUACAACAUUUGUUGGGGGAAGUCACAAUAGAGAUCUUGCUGGAGCUCCAAUGUCUAUUUUGAAACAACUUGUGACUUCUGACCUUAAAAAGCUCUUGGGUGUCGAGGGGCAACCAACUUUUGUGAAGCAUAUAUACUGGAGGAAUGCUUUUCCUUUGUAUGACUGUGAUUACAAUUCUGUAUUGGAAGCUAUAGAGAAGAUGGAGAAGAAUCUUCCAGGGUUCUUCUACGCAGGAAAUAACAAGGACGGGCUGGCUGUUGGUAAUGUUAUAGCUUCAGGAAGCAGGGCUGCUGACCUUGCAAUCUCGUAUCUUGAAUCUCACACCAAGUACAAUAAUUCACACUGAAGGUAUCUGACCUAUGUUCUAGCAAUGACUGACAAACUUCCUCAGUUCAUGCCUCAUGGAGAACAGAAGCAGUUGUGAUGCAGUCUCAGAACCUCGUCAUGCAUUAUAGGCCUUCCUUAAACAUCGGCCAGAAGUGUGGUCACAUGUCUAGAAUGGAAAAAUGAGGGUAAAAACUAUUCUGGUGGCGCCUCUUUUGCCCCACAAAGUGACCAUUGACACAUGCUGCUGGAAAUAAAUUUAAUUUGAUUGAAAUUUUUGAGAAUAUAUGUUGUGUUGACAUGUCCAUUUAUCCAUUAUGAUUUUGUGAGUAGCC